GUCGGUUCAAUGCACUUGGGAUAUGACCUACAUUUCGAAGCAAAUGUACACAACUAUAAAGAAAGACGUAGAAUCCAUUUAAAAUAUUUUGCCGAAAAUGGAAUAAACUGUCUGAGGGCCUGUAAGUAGCAGUCGGUUGUAAUAAGAAAUAUAAGUAAAGAAGAAAGAAAUUGAAGAUAACUUAUAAAGGAAAAUGUCUACCUCCAACACACGGGGAUCAGGAAUAGCCCUACACAGUCUUUUGUGUUUAUACUUCUUUCAAAUCAGUGUAUCCUAUAGAGCUAUUGGAAUCAAACCAGUAAUGAUGUGCGCACAGGAUGUACUGGUUCUUAUACAAAAUACCAAUGGUCCUCUUGUAUGCAACACACUCGGUGAAACACAUAUUAACUUUCAUAAUAUAACUCAAGAUGAUGGCAAUUGUACGAUUCCGUGUUCUGUGACAGCUGUUGUUCGCUUGAAGAACGAAAAUGAUAGUUGUUAUUAUCGAAUAUAUGGGGGAAAACCACACAUCCCUUCAGGGAAAGAAAUUGGAUUUUUCUACUUCUCACAACCGUUCUGUUGCAAUAAUUUUCUACCAAAUAGAUAUGUUAUAAUACAAGGACAGUGCGAUUUUAAUAUUUACCAUAAGACAAAUGCGCAGUUUGGAGAAAUAUGCACUUCCAAAGAACAAUGCCACAACACAAACAGUUUACUUAGAUGUGUAAUGAAUCGCUGUUCGUGUGAAGAAGGAUAUACUGAAUAUUAUAACCAGUGUAUUCGUGGCCUUUCAUAUGGAGAAGAAUGCCAAAUCAACGAACAGUGCAUUUUUAUUGGAGGAGUUUGUUCAAGAAACAAUACCUGCGCCUGUAAAAAUAACCAAAUUUACAAUGCCGAGGAGAAGAUUUGUUACGAAGGAAACGAAGAGCUGUCAUCAGACAAAGUUGAAAAGAUACUUGGUGCUGCAGUAGGAUCUGGUUUUUCUGGUUUAAUAAUUGGUCUUUUGGUUGGCCUUAUUACAAUGUACCUUAUUCUGAAAAGAUUUGGACAGGAUAACAGGAACAAUAGUGUAAUGAUGUCAGCACUGGAUGAUGUAUCUUCUACAGAUGAUGGUCGUUGA